GAGCUCGUCUUUUCAGAAAAUGAAAACGGGACAGCCACACGCUGAGGUGAAAAGCGGACGCCUGCUUGAAGUUGCCUUCCUCUUAUCAUCGCUUUUUCUAUCAAGAGCACAAGAUGCCAUCGGACCCUCCUGUUUGGCUUCGAGUCCCGUCGAUGGACAGAGGCGUGUUACUUUUCUGCGCCAGGACGCAGCCGGUGUGCGCGUCCUGUACCUCACCCUGUGGUCCGAAGAUAUGCGACUUUUAACAUGCGAAGUAAAUUCCAGUCCACUUGUAACGCAGACAUAUCUCUCUCUUUGCGAGAGAAGCGAGUCCUGGGGUCAAGAGAUCAACCAAGGCUUAAAUAUUAGCCUGUUGUUGGCUUCUGAUAACUCUUGCGUCUCCUCCACCGCGCCAAAGAUCGCCAGGCGCGCAAACGAAAGAGAUGGUGCAGCGGGGAAAACUCGGAGGAAACGCUCCUGGAUAUUACCAGGAACGCUGUGGUGCGGCAGUGGAAGCAAAGCGGGGGGAUACGAACAAUUAGGGAUGUUUGAGAAUGCAGACCGAUGCUGCCGUGAGCACGACCACUGCCAGCACAUCAUUCGAGCUUUCACUGUGAAUUAUGGAGUCUUUAACCCCAACAUCUUCACCGUCUCACACUGUGAGUGUGACCAAAGGUUUCGACAGUGCCUUCUUGGCUCCAAUGACACCAUUUCUAGUAUGGUCGGCUACAGCUUCUUUAACAUCCUGCGGGUUCCCUGCUUUGAGCUCAAACAGCUGAAGCGGUGCACUGAGUAUUACUGGUGGGGAAUGUGCAAAGCAGCCAAAGAAGCUCCAUAUGCCGUCUUCAAACCCCCCCUCCCUUACAACGAGUCAGAUGUUAUAAGCAAAUAUGGGCACACUAACCAAGACAAGUUACCCAGUAGUGAGGGGCAGCAUGGAGUCAAAUGCCCCAGCCCUCAGAGAAGGUCAUCCAAAACUGAUCAUCGCUGCCUCUUGAGGGACCCACCCAGAGGAGACACUUUCUACCACAGAAGGAAGAAGGGGAAAGGAUGUAAAAGACGCCAUAAACUGGAUGCAACCUCCCAAAUAAUCACAGCACCAGCUCUUUUAAAUACCUCUCAAAGUAGCUUGUUGUCAAAUAGAAGCAGAGCUGGAAAAAAUAAGAGCAUCAGAAAGGGCUUUUUAGAUUACACCAUGCAGAACAGAGAUGAUACACCACGUGUGCAAACUAUGUCUGACCCACAAACGCCGGCUACAACCCCAACAACUGCUCCAUCAUCAACACAGAAGCCAAAACAUCAGCUUCACCCAACAACAGCCGUCACAGGGGUAACCAAAUCCACCAAAAGUAAGAAAAACGUUCCAAAGCAAAGUCGCUGCUGUGGGCCCAGGAUGCCUGUGGGGGGUGACACUUUUAAAGCGCACUGUAAAACAUGUCAGGGACAAGAAACAGAUACAAAUGGAUUAUCAAUCACACAGACAGCAUCUGACUUGUUGCCUAUCAAAAAGAUGGCCGGAACCUCAGAACAGAAAACUUUGGAAAUGCUUGGGAAUAUGGCUACUCUUCCAGCGCCUGUCACAACGAAACAAAGGUCAUCGGCCUCUCUUCAUGCGGAUGGCAAGACAGAUAAACAAGCGUACUCACGCCUGCUGUGGAACAGUGCAGGCCAAGAGCACAUGGGUAGUACCAUAGCUAAAAACAUCCAGGCAGAGAGAGCUUUAAAGCAAAAUAGGGCAAUGCAUAACGUGACAGAUAAUCAGCUCCUGUGUGGAAGCCUCAGACAUCUGGAUGAAUGCGAACUCAAAAUCCCUCCUUUGGAGAAGAAAUACAAUCUGCACAACACGGAGUCAAAGACUGCCUACCACUGUGAUUGCACCAGCCGCCUGGCUGUGCAGAUUGCAAACUUCAAGCAACCCAGUAUUCUCUCCUCUCUCCUGGUGGAUUUCGUCUCUGAACAGUGCUUUUCUCUGUCAAAGAAGAAAAAAUGCCACAACAAGAAAAGAUGCUCUAGAGGCUUCACUAAAGCCUCUGACCUACAUCAAGCACUUAAGAAGAGAGAGGAAAAGGAGAGUGCUGGGGUACGAAUUCCUGGCAAUGCCAGGAAAAGAAGGAUUCCUGUUAGUCUUUAUAAGCGAUGCCUGAGGCUAGGAAGGAGAGCUGAUGUUAUGGAACAGCUUGGGUGAUUACAGACUAAGCUGCUAUGUGCACCAACAAUAAAUGUGCAUUUCAUGCAGAAUUUCAGGGCCUCUUUACGAUGGUGUAAAAUAGCACGGUGUUAAAGGACUCAAAGCCCCGAACACCUUAUUACAUCUGUAAGUAUAUAAACAUAAAUGUCACCAUAAAUCAUGAAUGUAAGUUUUAAGAAAGUACUACAUGAAAAUGCAAUAAAAUUAUUUAUUUUUUG